CAGAUGCAUCCUUUGGGACUUUGUAAUAAUAAUGAUGAGGAGGACUUAUAUGAGUAUGGCUGGGUCGGAGUGGUGAAGCUGGAGCAACCAGAGCUGGACCCCAGUUGUCUCACUGUGCUGGGAAAGGCUCUCAUGACAUCAGCCCCCAACCGUGGGAGGAAGGACAGAGACGCGGAGUGGUGGCAGAUGGAGAGAGGAGUGGGAGUUAGAGGACAGAGGGAAGGGAAAGAAGUUGGGGGUUUGGAUUCUCAAGGAGAUGACGAAGGCAAAUGUGUCUGGUUUGGUAAGUGGGUGGCUGGGAUUUGUGUCUCACUUGGUACAACUAUUUUUUUUUUUGUACGCACAUAAGCCGAAAAAUGCGACCCAUCCUCCCACACAGCCCUCCAGCUUGUGUAAAGCAAGCCUCUUGGCUGGCAUAGCAUGUAAAACUCCCUGGUAUGUGCUUGUUGUGUGUGGCCUGGCACUGCCCUUAACCAUCUCGUCUCUGAACCACAAUCAGUUCCACCUUAAACACCAGCCAAAGACAACAUUUCAUCGCAGCUGAGCGCAACUGGCCCAAGACUGGCCGCUACAAAGCACUUAAAAAUAACUGGAGCAACAAGAAAAGUAUCAAGAUCUUUAUUGACAUAUCCUCCCAGAAAUAAAGCUAGCUGCUUUAAAGUUUUUGCCAGAGGCACACAACCAUAAAAAGUGUAUCCUGUGUGGGAAGCCCUGUCUUUGACACACAUGCAAACACAAUACUAAAACCACAGUUGCCAUGGAACAAUGUGAUGGGGCAGAGCAGUGUGUCUAUGGGUUUUUUUUUUUCUACCGUGGCCCUCAAGUUGGCACUAUGAGACCACGGGCCAGAGCAAACAGCUGCUGUGUCUUAGCGCUAAGUGGCUUUUGGACUCUAACCAUGUCUGGCAUCUCAGCCAGAGCUGCAGAGAGGUGUGUGUGUGUGUGUGUGUGUGUGUGUGCGGGGGGGUGAUUGGGAUAUAGAAAGUACACGAGAGCUACAAGGACUGUGUGUGUGUGCGUCUGAAGAAAAGAGAGACCUGCAUUAAAAGAAAGAAAUGGCAACAGACAGAUUAGUGUGAUAUUGUGGGCGACUGGCUUCGAGCCUGCGGCCAGGUUAGCUGUCCUACACACUCAGGUGUGUGCUAGAGGUCGACCUGAGGCCACGGCAAUGCCAGUAGGGUGUCAAGCCGCAGGGCUUGUUGUAAAGAGGCUUCAAUGCUGGAUUGAACUGGCUGCAGUCUGACCUUGUUUUCAGACCACUUCCAAGCGUGUUGGCCUUCAUGGACAGGAAUACUGUCUGAUCAGUGGGUGUAUUUGUUGAUGUGGGUAUGUGCAGGCAUUAGCUCAUCCACUGUUUAUCAGUCGGGAUAAGCAGAACUAGAAGGCUGGCAGAUCAGCUUGUGUUUUGCUGCAGACGACUAUAUGACUCACCGUGUCUCUCUCAUCACUCUCUUCUCACUCCUUUUUACUUUUUCAUGCCUUCCCCAUCUGUCUCUGCCAAGACCUUAGUGAAGCAGAGAGCCUUGAUAACAGAAAGUAAGAAAAUUGCUGUAGUUUUACACGCUGUAGUCUCCAGAGUGUUUUGUUAAAUUGCAGAGAAGCCACAAUAGUGAUUGAUUUACAACAGCCGCUUUUGUCCUGUAGAGAUGAAGCUUGUUGGGGGGUUUUUUUCUCAGAGUUUUUAAAAGAAAUCUUUUCAUAGUGAGCCAGAAAUAUGCAGGAUAUUGAUGAUACAAAUGUUCCCUGUGCCUGUGCUAAAAAUGAUGGGGCUUACUUCCUUUCAGUUGAGCACGGCAAAUUGAAAGUCAAUUUUCGGGUGUUUAAAUCAAAGCAUCUAACACUGGCAGCUGAAGCAUGAAGUAUAAUGGAGGCUAAUGUUAUAGUAACUUCAUAAACUUCUCUGCCUUGUCAGAUGUAGCAAGUUGAUGUAGUUUUCAUCAAACUUUUACUUGAGUUACAUUUGUUUAGCAAUGUGCCUUUCUGAAAUUGAAAGAUGUGCUUUUUGUCAAAUUCAAGGGUUCUAGAAAAAACUUUCUCCUUAUUUCCCACAUUUAAUUUUUGCCACAAAAGCAUGAAAAAAGUUAUAGGCACUCCUAGUUCUCAAAUAUUUCACAUGAUUUAAAUUUCAUUCAAUUUCAACUCAAUUAAGUAACAAAUAAUUGCAUUCACAAUUCACAGGAAUCAAAUCAAGUAGUCAAAAAAAAUGAAAGAAGUCACAGGACCAAAUCAAACUUAAGCAGUGAGCAGUCUAGCUACCCUUGCGGUGUGAAGGGGUAAAAUGCACAGGCUAACUCUUCAGCUUCCUCUCCACCUGCCCCUUGCCCCAAACACCCUGAACAAACACUUUCAAAAUGCCGCAGCAUGGAGGGAGGGAUAGAAAGAAAAAAAAAAAAUUAAGAGAGGAGGAGCAGCAGGGAGACGAGAGGGGGGAGGGGGGAAGCACAGUGCACUCAGGGGCCUGCCUCUUGGGCUCUCCUUUCAUGUUUGUGUACGCCUCAACUUGCUGAUAUUAUCUUGGCCGCUCUUCUUGGCGGGGUGUCGGGAGAGGUUUCCACUGUGACCAGGAAGGGGCCUCUCUCGCUUUCUGUUUCUUUAUGUCUCUCUGCCUCUCUCCACCCCUCUCUCUCUGGCUGUGUUGGGACCCCCCCCCCCCCCCCUCCACAAGUCCCUCUCUUAAAUUCCUAAAUCACCGCUUCACCAUGUUUCACAGCGCUUGGAGGCGCCCAGGAUCCCACUGCGCUCGUUUCCAUGGUCACUGGGAAGCUUCUUGUGUCAUGUGGCUCAAAGUGAGCCGUCCCUGGGCCGAAUUACCCAGCUUUCAAUGGGAGGCCAAAUGACCAUUAUUAGACUUCACAGCUCAGGCCCCUAUUUAAAGAGAGAAGAAAGGAGCCAUGGGGACUUAAGAUGAGAGAGAGAUGGAGGGAGAGAGAGAUGGGGUGAAUGGAGAAAAAGGGAGAAGAAGAGAGGAGGGGAAACGAGAGGAAUGAGAAGAAAGUGCACUUGGCACCUCUCUGGAGAUGUUUCUUUAAAUUUUCCCCCACCCUUACAUUGAUUUUUGUCCUUAAUCGCAAUUGGUAUUUGAAAGUCACGAGUAAAGCCCUCCUGUCUGUCAAACAGCGCCCAGAGAAGACAGGGCGGCGCGGCGCUGGAUCAAAAGAUGAGCUGUGGAAAAAGUAAAUCUUAGAAAAGAUAGGACCAGACAUCCACCCACGUCAACCAAAAGCCCUGUCUUUUCUCUCUUCAUCUCUGUCUAAGCCUGUUGCUUUGUAGGGGAAUCUGUGUGUGUGUGUGUGUGUGUGAGAAUCCUUGUGUCCUGCGCCUUGCUGUGUAUGUCAGGAACAUGUUGUCUUUAAGGCUCGGGCCACAGCCUGGCACGGAAGCUGGAAACUGAAGCCUUCUGGUCCCCACACAGCUCAUCUGAUGCCUCUUCCCACUAAAGCCUGUAUGAUUCCUCUACUGGAGGGACGAUGACAUUGGAGCUGCCCAGGCUCUGAGACAGUGAGGCGAAGAGAGCAGUGCAGCGUGGAGCCACAGCCGUCAUCUUUGAUGUGUCAGAGAAUCCGGAUGCCAUCGACCAGCUCAACCAGGUUGCAGAGGAUCCUCUGAAACGGCCGGUGGUUUACGUGAAGGGCAAUGACGCUGUGAAGUUGAUGAACAUCGUCAACAAGCAGAAAGUUGCUCGCGCUCGAAUUCAACACCGACCACCGAGGCAGCCCACAGAAUAUUUUGACAUGGGCAUCUUCCUGGCUUUCUUCGUGGUUGUGUCGCUGGUUUGCCUCAUUCUGCUCAUCAAGAUCAAACUCAAGCAAAGGAGAAGCCAGAGCUCCAUGAAUAGAAUGGCCAUCCAAGCCUUGGAAAAGAUGGAGACAAGAAAGUUCAAGGCCAAAGGAAAGGGCCAGCGCGAGAGCAGCUGUGGAACCUCCGAUUCACUGAGCAGCAGCUCCACCUCGGACUGUGCCAUCUGUCUGGAGAAGUACAUUGAUGGGGAGGAGCUGCGGGUUAUCCCCUGUGCUCACAGAUUUCAUAAGAAAUGCGUCGACCCAUGGCUGCUCCAGCAUCACACCUGUCCCCACUGUCGACACAACAUCAUUGAGCAAAAGAAGGGAAAUCCAGGACCAGCAUGUAUGGACCCUGGCAACCCAGUCCACGGCCGGCAGCGGGUGGUGCUGCCGGUCCAUUAUCCGGGUAGGGUGCACCGUGCUGGCCAGGUGACAGCCUACCCAACCAGAACCAGCAUGGACCCCCACGGUAACCCAAUCACCGUGCUCACUGUGGACCAGCACUCCGAUCCUCAAGGUCUCUACCCACCCCAAUCAACAUCUGCCUUUCUCCGGAGCUACCACCCCACCCUUCAUCUGGACCACUCACUCAACCCCCACCACUGUGGACUAGAGCACAGAGGACCCCCCGCCUACCCAGCACAGCCACAUCAUGCUGCUUUUAAACGACCAAAGUUCCAUGGUCGCAACUUUUCGAGAGCGGCCUGCUUCUCGCAGUACGAAACUAUGUACCAGCACUACUAUUUUCAGGGGUUGACUUUUCCUCAACAGCCCGAGGGGGGCCAAGGGGCCGCUAUGGCAGGGCAGCUUGGUGGAGGGGCCCACAAAGGCCACCACAGCAGGGCCUUUCAGCAGGGGCUGUUAUACCCCACAGUCGUACACAUGGCACCUGCCUCUUCUUCAAGGAUAGGUGAUACAGGCAGCACUUCUGGCCUUAGCUGUUAUCAUGGCCACCGCUCAGUGUGCAGUGGUUACCUUGCUGACUGCCCUGGUAGUGACAGCAGCAGCAGCAGCUCAGGCCAGUGCCACUGUUCCUCCAGUGACUCCAUGUUGGACUGUACUGAGGUCAGCAACCAAGGGGUGUACGGUAGCUGCUCUACUUUCCGCAGCUCGCUGAGCAGCGACUAUGAUCCGUACGUCUACCGCAGCAAGAGUCCAUGUAGGGGCUCCACAGGUGAAGCAGGGGCUGCGGCUUGCACCACAGUUCCUGCCGAGGACUCAUCAUCCACUGCUCCCCUGGGACAUGACUGCCUCCAGCUCCCUCCUGGAGCUUCGGGGUAUAACUCGGGUGACCACCUCUCCAACUGUAGUUUGGAGCCCAACUACAGCAGUCGCUCAUCACUGGAACCCAGGGAGAACAGCAACACUAGCACUACCUCAGCCGGGGCUCCAGAGGCUACCGGAGCAGACAGGGGAAAAGGGGAGCAGGAGGAGUCGGGGGAGCUUGGGGCUGCAGCCUGUAGUUGCUGCUUUGAGGUGCUUCCUCCAAAUGUGGAGUGCAAAGGGCAAGACUCGGACCAAGCUGGGCCUCUGGCUACAGGACACUUUCACAGGGGAGUGGACUUUCAGAACUCCAAGAACUACUUUGCUCCUGAGCACAUGUGCCCUUCCUCAGAGCAGGUGAGCUACGAAGGGCUGCCCUGCUGCUUCUACAAAGAGAUGAAGGUCCACAGGGCCACAGCAGGGCGUUACACCGAGGACUACGCUGUCAAUGUGCAGUAUGCCCAUGCAGACUCCGAUGCCUGCUCUGGACAGGGCUGCUGCGAACUCAACCAGAGAAUACCCAUAAUUCCUGAGGACACAGAUUAUGAAUUGGGAACAGGGGCAGAGACCCAGAGCAGUUUAUUGCCCAUCAGUGUCACAGUGGAGGCAGAGGUGCGGACAGGGGAGCGACAUGAGCACAGGGAGGGGUACUUCACCUCGGGACAGUUUAGAGGUCAGCCAUACCCUCAGGAGGAGGAGACUAGGGCUUUGUUCCAACCUCAGCUCUCUGCAGGUCGCACUGCACUGGGAAGCAGUACUUCAACAAAUGAGGGAGGUCUGGGUGUAUGAACUUGAGCCCAGAGAGAAGGAACUCAAAAGUAUGUAUUUGGUACCGUAUCAGUCAGUAAGUCAAUCAUUGAAACCCUCAGCUGCCUUGUUCUAACCUUGCUCUCUGAGCGCUGAAUGUUAUCAUCUUCGAUUGUGUGGAUUUCUACUGAAAUGGCCCGUCAUUUCUAGAUAUACAGUGUAUCAAGUUCAUUCCUGUGGCCACAAACUUCUCAGCACCAAACUGUGUUACCACAGCACUGAGACAAAGUGAUACUACAAAUGAGGAGGAAGGUUGUUAAGUGAAACUAGAAGUAGCUUGGUAUUGGCAUCUAUUUGCUGCCAUCUAGGGUUAGGCCCCUUCAGCACCAGGUAAUCCGGGUCCAUGUCUUGUGAGAUUUUUUUUUCCAGAUUUUGUCAAGAACAGGACAUCUAGACUCCGUUUUUUUGUGCAAGAUCUAAAAAUCAUUUUUCUUUACAAAAAAAAAAAAAGUACACUCUUAAUUCAAACAUCUGCAUUUACAUGUGCAUACAUGAACACUGACUGCCUAUAAAACUUCAACCACCAACUCAAAUAGGUUGUACGGACAUAGCUAUACCAAAACAGAAAGACAUGAUUGUUUUGUGUUUUUUUCUUUCAAACUUUUUUUUUCAAGAGCAGGGAAAUGGGUCUAAGUGUCUGUGACCCACACAUUUCUCUGAGGAGAAGAAGCUAUAUAAUACAGAAAAUGCAUAAAAAUGUGAAUGCAAGGCUGACACUGGUCUCUAUUCAAUUAAAUACAGAAUUUGUUUUAUGCAUUGCAUUUCUGUCCAGUAGUGGCCUACCUGUAUGAGAUGUGCCGGAGCAACAUGAAAGCCUUAUGCUGGUAAGCUAUUUGUAGCAAUAUCUAAAGACACUGCACCACUUUUAGUCAAACUCCAGACUAGAGUGACAGUGUCUCGGGGGUCAGUAGAUUUCUUCAAAAGUAGAGUGUAGCACUCUACCUCUUGUUUGGAAGCCCUUAAAGUGUAUUUUUGCUGUCACUUACCCAAUUUCCUCAAUGAGGCGCACGCUCUAAUAAAUAUCUAUAAAAAGUUUUAGCAUCUAUCAAAAGGCCAAAGGAAAGUAGCUGGAAAAAACUCAUAUUUCACAAGGGUUCCUUAUUGUACUGUGACUAUUAUUAUUAUUUUUUUUUAUAAAUGAUGCAGUUAUACAUACCACAGUAUCCGUUCGAAUCAUAUCGUGCCAUGCAUAAUUCAUACCUGCGAUAUCGAUGCUUGUCAUUCAUACCUUUCUGUUUGUCCUGCAGACUGUUUUUAUACUGUUUCUAUGAAAUAUACACAUUCUCUACACAGAGGAAAACUUUCUGAAAUAACCCUAUUUAUAAGUUAACCCAGUGCUGUAAUCAAGUGAGAAUCUAAUCUUGCCUUUUGCAUAGAGAUAUGUACCUACUGCAAAUAUAACAUUUUGGGGUACUUGAGUCACUAUUUAAUUUUUGUUCUUGUUUCUAGCACUUAAGAAGAUUAAAAUGUGUACAAAAUUAAUAUUUUUUAAUUUUUUAAGAAUAUAAUUAUUUUCUGUCAUUACCAUUACAAAUGUUUUUAAAAAAGGCUAGAAAUCAAUCUGUGUAUAUUUCUGUACCUGUAUAGCAAACACAUUUCACAAAUGGAAAUAUGUUCUCUGAAUAUUUAUUUACUAAUAUAUUUAUCUUUAAGCCAUGUCUUAUGUUCAGAGUGUAUGAACGUUUGAGUUAUUUGGUUGCUUUUUAUUUGAGAAAAAUCACUAACAUGAGACUUUGUAUAUACAUGGUAAUUGCACACAAGACGAUUAAAUCUUCUCUGACCAAAAAACUGAUUUUAAAACUUUAGUAUCAUACAGUUUUGUAAUUAAAGUGUACAAAGAUCUGUAAAAUAUACAGUUUUAUUCAAGUAA